AUGGUAGCGCCAACACUCACCAACCCCUCACUCACCGCAGCCGUCUGCAGCCUCGAACACAAGGCCUGGGCAGCCCUUUGCAGCUCCGGCCACAAGCUACUACCCAUCUUGUCCAGCAAUCCUGUCAUGAUCUUCCCUGGCGACCUCAUUCUCACAGCCGUCUCUUCGCCAACUGUCCACGAAAUGCUGCAGAGCCCCGAGUUCCAGCCGUGGUACAACUAUAAGCUGAGCCACGACGAGGUUAUCCCGCUUGGUAUAGAUAGCGCCAUGAUAUACUACCGUGUCGAGGCACAACGUGCAGAUCAAUCUUUCAAGGCGAUUUGCUCAAGCGCGUGGGUGCUGGAGGGCCAAGAGUGGAAGAUGGCGAGCCACCAGCAGACCUUGAUCUGA